GGCGACCUUAUUGAACAUUUCAGUAUACAGCAUUCCAACAUAGAGCUGUCAUAUGGAGACAUAUUCUCAACUUAAUCGUGCUCAGCUCAGUUAUGACUACCUUCAUACUAACUCAACAACACAUGAGUUCCUUUUCGGUGCUAUCGCGGAACUUAUUGAUAAUGCACGUGAUGCCGGUGCAACAGAGUUGGACAUAUACACAAUUAAAGAUAACUCGGUGCGUGGGAACUUUCUUCUCUGCUUCGCAGACAACGGUUGUGGUAUGACACCAGAUGAUGUGAAGAAUGUUAUCAUAUUUGGGAAGUCACUGAAAAAGUGUGAAGACACUGCAGCUAUUGGUAUGUAUGGAAACGGUCUAAAAUCAGGCUCUAUGCGAAUCGGAAAUGAUUUAGUUUUGUUUACCAAGAAGGAGGGUAUUUACACCUGUCUAUUUUUGUCAAGGACUUUCCACGAGGAAGAAAAACUUGACGAGGUAGUUGUUCCAAUGCCUUCUUUUAGAGGCCCUGAAAAAACACCUAUCGCAGAGACUCCUGAGGAUAAAAAGAAGCAUGACCUGGAAAUGCAUUUAAUUCUGAAGUACUCGCCAUUCCGCUGCUUAAAAGAUUUCUUUGCACAGUUUGAUAAACUCAAAGAAAGUUCGGGAACUGUGGUGAUUAUAUAUAACAUGAAACUUCUUGAUCACGGAGGACCGGAAUUAGAUGUCGUCACAAAUCCACGUGACAUCUUACUUAGUCCAGGGCCGGAACAAGAAGAAACUGUUGAGCCUGAUGCUGAAGUUAUGCUUCCACCAGAAAGACGCAGUCUUCGAGCUUAUGUAUCAAUUCUGUAUUCAGAUCCACGUAUGAAAGUUUAUUUACAAGGACGUAAAGUACAAACUAAAAGACUAUUAGCAACAUUGCAUAGUACACGAAAAUAUAAUUUUGCAAGUAAAACAUUUCGUACUAGAGCUGAAGCAGAUUUAGCUAAAGCUAAAAAUGAUGUAAGAAUAGCUGAACUUCGAGCUCAAGAGGCCGAAAGUAAAGCCCGGGAUUGUGAACUUCGUUAUCAAGGUUCUGAGGAUCCUGAACAUUUGCGUCAAAUACGACGUCUUCGUAAUGCUGCCGCUGAUCUACGUGGAGCUGUGGCAAUGCGACAAAAUGUUGUCACACGUAAACAGAAAUCAAUUAAAGAUCCAAAAACACUAACAUUUUAUUUCGGUGUUAAUGUUAUGAAUCGUGCUUGUGAUGGUAUGUUUGUCUAUAAUUGUUCCCGUCUUAUUAAAAUGUAUCAACGUAUUGGACCACAACAAGAUUCAAGUAUGAUGUGCCGUGGUGUAGUUGGCAUUGUCGAUGUACCCUAUAUGGUUCUUGAACCGACACAUAAUAAGCAAGAUUUUGCUGAUGCUAAAGAAUAUCGUCAAUUGAUGCGUGCAAUGGCUGAUCAUUUAAUGCAAUAUUGGGAUGAUUUAGGAAUUGACAAAGAACCAGAUAGUUUAAUACGAUUUUGGAAAAGUUUUGGUUAUUUAUCAGCACGUUGGAGAGAUCCACCGAGUGUAGAAGAAAAAUAUGCUCGUCGUCGUUGUUGUUCCGUUUCCAUUUGUGUUCAAUGUGAUAAAUGCUUAAAAUGGAGAAUACUUCCUUUUUCACAAAGUCUAGUUGGACGUGAUGUUCCAGACAAUUGGCAAUGUCGUGAUAAUCCGGAUCAUAAGCAUAAAAGAUGUGAAGAUCCUGAAGAAGAUAUGAGUCCACCAAUGGGUGUUUUAAAGCGGAAAAUUAAAACGAAAGAACAAAGACAAGCAGAAUUAGAGAAACAAAUUCGUAAAAAACAAGAAGAACUUGAACUUAUUCAAGAUCCUGAUGAUGAAAAAGUUGAUGAAUCCAAUACUACUACUCGUAGUGGUCGUUUAAGUGGUCAUGGAAAUUCAACUCUUUCAAAAUCUCCUCGUAAACGUCCUCAUCCACCACCUCCUGCAACUAUUUCAGACCUUCCAAACAAACGGCCUACUCAAUCCCCUAUUUCACGUGCAAUGACUGUUGCAGAUAAAAAACGUCAAGCUGGAUUGACAACAUCCAAUGGUCCUGUAUCAUUAUCAUCAUCAUCCCAAAAACGUACUGGUUUACCAUUACCUACAAGUAAUCAACGACAACCACGUCCUGGUGGUUUAGUGCCUAAAGCUCAGCAUCGAAAUUCUACUACGCCUAAAGGUCGUAAAGUUACCACAGCAGAAAGUGAAAGUAGUGAAGAUGAAGACGAGGAAGAGGAGGAGGAGACAAGUGACGAAGAAGAAAAGGAAGCGACCUCGAAAUCAGUUUCGCGUAACAAACAAACUACAGCCCCCCUUACUAAAACAAAAUUGAAUAUUUCACAAACUCUUGAAAAAAAUCUUCCUAAACCACCAACAGAUGAAGUAAAUGGUAAAAAAGUAAUGAAUAAAGAUAAAAGUCCCAUGCAUGAUUCAGUCACAAUGCAUCAUCGUAAUCGAACUUCCAUUAUUACUUCAGAUAAUGGUGAUAUGACGUCUGUAGUAAAUAAGGAUCAAAAUAAACCGAAUGAUUCUAUUGGUAAUAAAACGAAAGAAUUAAAUUCAAUUGUAAACUCUUUACCAUCUGAUAUGAAUAUUGCAAUUAAUAAAAAAAUUCAAGAGAAAUUCAAGGUUUGUCUACGAUAUUUCCUGCCUCCUGAAUGGCCAAUGGAAAAAGAUCAAAUUCAUACCCUGACAGAUUCUGAUCUUGCUAGUUUUCCUUUAGAAGAUUUCUUCGAUCGAUAUGAACAAGGUCUCCGAUCUCUCUUAGCCACUUUUCAACAAGAAACUAAAAUAUGCUCUGAUCGAUUAACCGAGUUACGAUUCAAUGUUUGUGAACUAUUGAAAAAAUAUGAUCCUGUAAGUUUUAAUCAGUCUAUUAAAUUUAUGAGAACUAACUGUGUUCGACGCCUAACUAGAGCUUGUGAAGAGUAAAACUAGAAACGAACGUAACCAAUGAUUGGCGACUUUGAAUGCUAUAACUCAAAACCGUUUGCAGUGGCUCAAAUGCAUCCACUCGUUGUGUUCUCUCAAAUUGUAAUCUUCUGAAUUCCUCAUCACCUUUAUCUUUCUCUUUUUAAAUUUAUUUCGCUGAGUUGGACUUCUUGAAUAGUAUCUUUAAACCCUAAUCUUUUCUAUCACCGCUAACACUUCCACAAGCUCUAUCAUUAUGGGAUUUGAAUUGACAAUUCGAUCGCUCUGUGUGCUAAUGUUGGAGUAUAGCAACGUGAACUGAUGCAUUUACGUACGAGGUCCUACGUUGUAGCUGACUGACUAAAUGGCGGAGAAGUAACUGUAAAUAAUGUCUACUCAUUUAUAACUUGCUAGUCCUUAUACAAAUUCAGUUAUUAAUAUUAUUUCGUGCACGUGUUCAACACGUGUAGUUGUUUUCUUAUGUUGUGUAUAAAAACAAGCUGAAUGCAAGGAAAUUGUUUUGUGAAAUUUUGAUUAGUAGUACUAUUUUCAAUUGAUAAAA